CGAAAUUCCGGAAUUUUGCAAAGAGUAAUUCUUUAAACACAUCAAAAUUCAAUAUGGCAGAAUCUAAAGCAUCCACACAGUCCAGUCUUCACAGCACUCCGGACGUCCCUAUCGGAUAUGUCACUCAUCAUGGAGAUAACCUGGAAUAUGUAAUUUUGGGUAAUAAGAAAUAUCUUAAACAUGAGCUUAUGGCGGCCUUCGGUGGUACUAUGAAUCCUGGUGUUCAACCAUACCCGACCAACCAAUUUGCCAAUCCAGCUCCUCUCGGACUUUCUGCGUUUGCAUUCACUACGUUCGUCUUAUCCAUGUAUAAUGCCAAGGCUAUGGGUAUUACAAUCCCCAACGUGGUAGUAUCGGCCGCUUGUAUUUAUGGAGGUGCAAUCCAAUUUCUUGCAGGUGUAUGGGAGUUGGCUAUUGGUAACACUUUUGGUGGUACUGCCUUAGCUUCAUAUGGUAGUUUCUGGCUCUCAUUUUCUGCCAUCUAUAUCGAAAGUUUUGGCAUUGCCGCUGCUUAUGAAGACCCACAAAUGUUUGAAAAUGCAGUUGGGUUUUAUCUCAUCGGUUGGGCUAUAGUUACAUUUAUGUUUGUAUUAACUACUUCAAAGUCUACCGUUAUGUUUUUUGCAUUAUUUGCAUUUUUGUGUUUAACAUUCAUUUUACUUGGGAUAGGCUCAUUGACUGGGAAGGAAGGCGUCACGCGGGCCGGGGGCGUCGUUGGUGUAAUCACUGCAUUCUUGGGAUGGUAUAACGCAUUUGCCGGUGUGGCAGACAAGACCAACUCGUAUGUUGUUGUUCACUCAUUACCAUUACCUGGUAAUCACUUUCAUAUUUAAUUUGAGAGGUAUUUAUAUAUGUCAGGAU